ACGGGUGUUAUGUCUCACAUAAUAAUCUGUCUAAUGGGCAUCGCGAGGUACCAAAAUCGACAUUUUUAUUGGCAAGUGAUAAGAUAAAGAUUCCUGGAGAGACAAGUGACUUCCUUUUAAGUCUUAAUUGCAGUUAGUCGAGUCAGGUCGUUUAGGUUAGAAUCCGGUCGCGGUAUAGUCAAAUGUAGUCCGAUUUUUCGGUUUUGAAAAUGGCGUUUUUGUGGUUAGUACUGGUGGUGGUUCUGGUUAAACAAUUUGAUGAAACGGUGAGCUACAGUUGCACCCUAAACGCCCUAGACCUGACCUGCACCGGACUCAUCGAGCACAUUCCCGAACAUUUGACGGCCACGAUCAAUAAAACUUACAUAAAUACCCUAAAGAUCAUCAAUGCCAAAUUGCCCAUUGUAUCAGGUGCCACCUUUAAAGGUUUCAGUGGUAACUUACAAACCGUUUACCUCACCAGCUCCGGUGUGAGGAGUGUCGAGAAAGGCAGUUUCAACUCAAGUGCGGACUUACAAUAUUUAUCUUUAAGAGAUAACGAGCUUACUGAAUUAGACUUGGAGAGUCCUGCCUUACAAAAGCUGGAUGUGUCGUUUAAUCUGUUGCAAGACAUAUCGAGGUUUAAUAUAAGUGCACAUCCUCGCCUAAAGGUGCUGAAUGUCUCUUAUAACCAGUUGACUCAUUUACCCAAAGAGAUUCUAGAGAAACUUGAGCAAAAGAACGAUUUUUUCCUUGUUAUCGAUAACAAUCCUUGGGACUGCUUACGACCCCAAUGGAUCGAUUUGUUGAGCCCUAAGUUGAUAAAUGUCUUUUGCACCGAUCAAAGUUACAACAUCAGUUACAAGGUCUCGGAUCAAGAGAGCAAUGAACCGAAGAAUAUCCCGAAAACCAAUUGUAAUGAACCGAUGAUCUGUUUGAAGUGCAGCUACACUUUUUGCUUGGUGUGGUUGUUCAGUGGCAUCUGGGCCGGUGUGAUUCUAGGGAAUGUCGGGAUGAUUAAACGUAUGGUUUGCGGCAGAAUGCCUAUGUACGCGGACAAGCAUACGCAGUGCGAUAAUUUGGUCGUCUCUCAUGCUCUGCUUCAUGAGAAACCCGGUGGUAGUGAUGACGAGGUAAUUGAGGAUUAUACCCUCGUUGAUCAGCACAUGAUUUCGGCAGUGUUCGACUAUAAAUCUCGCCGAUUGGUGCCGAUCAGUGCGACGGGAAUCGUGCAGAGCGGUUUCAGGAAUUCGGAAAACGUCCCGUUUUUUCGGUCCCAAGCAGCCCAACGAUCGAACGAAAGCGACCAAGAGGAACAAAAAAGUACCGUAUUAAUCUACAAAGGCGAAUCCUCGAAAUAAAAAAAACGUAAUUGCCUACGUAUAUGACUCUUUUUUUAAUCUAAACUUUAUACCUUUAGUGACUUAUUGGAUAUACCGAAAUAAACUUGCGGAAUCUCCGUGUAAAGUAUUAUUUUUUUUUUAGUAGUUUGUAUUUUAUAUAAUUUUAAUAUAUCUUAAAAAAGCA